AUGUUGGGUCCUUUGCAAGGUCUCCAGCCUAAUAACCAGCAGCAGAGCCAGCAGCAGCAGUCUGUCCAACAACAGCAGCAACAGCAAGGGCCUCAGAAUUCCAUUCCGCCGCCGCCUCCCCAGAAUGGCCAGGAUUAUACGCUUUCAAGUGUGCUGCACUUUUUGCAGACAGAAUGGAGGAGAUAUGAACGUGACCGUAAUGAAUGGGAGAUUGAACGAGCAGAAAUGCGGGCAAGAAUUGCUCUGCUAGAGGGCGAACGACGUUCCUUCGAUAAUGUGAAGCUCGACCUUAUGCGUCGUAUCAGAAUGCUCGAAUAUGCCUUGCGACUGGAACGCUCCAAACAGCUCUCCAGUUCUUCCUCUCAAUCCGUACCCUCAUCGAAACUAGCUAUUCUUCAGAGCCAGACAAUCUCGUCUUCCCAAAAAGAGGACGCCCAAAGCCACAAGGAGGAAAGCAGCGGUAGUUCACCAAGGAGUGACGACUCUCCGUUGCCAGAUACUCGCCUUCCCAACGGUGCACCGUCAGUCGGCACUUCCGGAAGGCCAGUGUCAUGGGGUGGUUCAAAUUGGGCCAAUGGACCCUCAGCUGGAACCUCAACCGCUGGCCUUGGAAAGCCACCGCCUGGACGUGAUCCUAAGAGCAGAGCGCGCAGUAGAGAAUAUUUGAAGCAAUGUCUUCAGGAAAUUUCGUACCUAACAUCACCUCAGGCAAUGAACCCACUUCCCAACCGGCCUCUACUGAACAAUCCAACCAUGCCACUUUCCUUACCGAACGUUCCUUCUUUUGAUCAGAUUCCAUACAACGGGCGGCCACGAAAAAUACUCCCCUCAGAAGGCGGUAAUCUUCUGAACGGCAUCAAUCUCAUGUCCGGUCCUUCCUCUGCACCAGCAACCUCAGGGCCACAGAUACCCCCUCUCGAACGUAAUAACCCUGUUGGGACUGGAAUACUCCCACAGCAUAUUUCGCCUCCCUCUUCUGUGCCCCAGCCUUCACCGCAGGCUGCCGGUCCCUCACUACCUCCAACCUCCCUUCUCCCAACACGAAAUGAAAGCGACCAGGAAGUGGAGUCCGAGCCCCGACAGCUCACUGCCAUAUUCCGGCCAGAUGACGCUGGGGAGUGGAAGGAGAAACUUCGGCUUUCACAUGAAGCCUCUGAACAAGCUAGACUUUCCAGAGAGGGCCAAAAUGGCAAUGGAAAUCUAUGGGAUCGAAGAAACCUGGAAGAAGAAGAAUUGAAGGAGGAGGACGGCGACGUUGAGGAUGAAGAGUCAACAGAGGUCGGCGAAGGCGAAGGAAACAAGACCUGGAAGGUGAAACGAACACUGAGAAAUCACCUGGAUGCGGUACGAGCUCUUGCAUUCCAUCCCGCGGAAUUGUGUCUAGCCACCGGAGGCGACGACUGCACGGUAAAGAUAUGGCGAAUGGAUGUCGCUGGGCUAGCAUCAUCUGCUGCGCGGCCAACUACGGAGGUCGAGCCUCAGCUUACCCUUCGUGGACAUUCUGCAGCGAUCACACGCCUAAUACAUUCACCAUCAAAACGUCUACUAUAUUCAGCGUCAUUGGAUUCAUCAAUACGUGUGUGGGCGCUACCUCCGGCGUCGCACACGACAUACGCUCCAUACGAUGAGACGCGCUCCAGAGGCGAGUUAAUUGGACAUACGGACGCAGUAUGGGAUCUAGCACUCGUUCGGGACGAAACAACUCUCAUAAGCUGUGGUGCCGAAGGUGUCGUAAAAGUGUGGGAUGUUAGCAGGCAGACUGGUGGUGGUCGCCUGAAGCUGACCUGGGGCUGGUCUGGCUUAGAGACCACAAGUAGCGAUGGGCUUCAAGAUGACGCUGAGUUCGGGGCCACGGCAGUCGAGGCACUGAAGUCCGACCUGAAAAAGGUCGCUGUUGCUUAUCAAAACGCGGUUGUUAAGAUCUUUGAAAUCGAAACAGGGAAGGAAGUGUCCCGACUACAGAGUGACAGCACAUAUGAUGGGACUGUUUCGACACAGAUCAAUCGGAUAGCCUCACAUCCAACCCUGUCACUACUGGUCACAGCCCACGAAGACAAGUAUUUCAGGAUCUUCGACAUCACCACAGGUCAAUGCACACACUCUAUGCUUGCCCACUUGGACUCUGUGACAUCCCUAGCCAUCGAUCCCGCAGGCUUUUCGCUCGUUUCCGGUAGUCAUGACUGUUCUAUUCGAUUCUGGGAUUUAUUGGGAUCCCGAGCAUGUGUUCAGGAGAUAACAGCACAUCGGGAAAAGGCUCGCGAGGGUGUCCUCGAUGUCGAAUUCCAUCCAUCUCUUCCUUUCAUGGCGAGUGCUGGUGCAGAUGGGGUAAUAAAACUAUACGCAUCGUCGUAA